GGGAAAGGUAACAAGAACCCAGCUCAUACACUCCGCCUAUCCGUUAUCCCUUGAUAACUACAGUUCCACAAUUCCAGAAUUUUUGGUUGUGUGCUUCAACUACGUACCAUGUUUCCUCCUUCCAUCGAUUGGGUAAACAUCAUGCUACGCGUACUUCAACUGCUUCUUUUUGUGUGAAACCCGAAAAAUGCCCCUCACUAUCGAUUACAUUCUACAAACUUUGAGCAUCGUUCUGCUGUACUACGUAGGAUUCUUAGCGAGCACUCACCUGCUGGGCAUCUUUACGCUGUACAAGCUGUUCUUCUAUACACCCUUAUGGCCGGUUGUACUUCUCUAUUUAUCAUGGACGUAUCUCAUUGAGUGGAAAACCCCUGAACGUGGCGGAAGAGAUCUUCUGAUAAACUUUGCAAGAAGGCUUUCUGUUUUCAAGUACAUGAGGGAUUACUUUCCUAUUACCCUCGUCAAAACUAGCGACCUCGAUCCACAGAAGAAUUAUAUUUUUGGAUAUCAUCCCCAUGGGGCUCUUACUGAAGGAGCAUCGAUAGGAUUGAAUACAGAAGCAUGUGGAUUUAGUGAAAAAUUCCCCGGAAUCAUUCCGCAUCUUUCCGCGCAUUCAGGUAAGCUAAAUCAACUUGAAUCGCCAUAUUGGUCAAUACUUCAUUACGAUUUAAAUUUUUAGUAAACAGCCCAAAGUUUUUGCCUAUUUUGACAUUAUUACAGUUUUUGAUUCGUCCAAGUAUCCAUUCUUUGUCCGUUAUUUAACGAGAAACAUGUAUACGACUGAUCUUUUGACAAAAUGUUCAUCUAUUUCAUUCUUAGUUAGUUGUAACAAUAAAUUUGGGUGUAAAAUCUGUAUCCCUGGAUCAGUGGUUAAGUGGAUUACGGACUGCACCUCGACGUAACUGUAUUCCAUGUACUCAAUUAUUCAAGUAUUUCAUCAAUUACCAGGGAGCAAGAAAAAGUAUUGACCCAAGUUCCUAGCUUUUCCCUUUCCAUAUACCACAUUUGAAUGCACCUAAAAUGGAACCCACGGCAGGAAUGAGACCGAGUAGACACACCGCACCCAUGAGCAGUCCUAAGGCAAGUUGCAGUGUAAGAAAAGAGACAAACGCAUAUGGGGCUUAUUCGGUUUGUAUCUGACUUGCUUGUUUUCUGGAAACUUUUCGUUCAGGUAUCCUAACAGCCUUGUUAUACCGUGAUAUCGUGAUGGCCCUUGGCGUGAUUGAUGUGACACGUGACAGCUUGGAAUACAAUCUGACACAGAAGGGGGCGGGACACUCGGUUGUCAUCAUUGUGGGCGGACAAGCAGAGAUACGAGAAAUGGGCUUUGAUAGCUACGUGCUGAUAAUGAGUCGGCGGAAAGGAUUCAUUAAAUUGGCUUUACAACUUGGGUUUGUAUCAGACAGGCAUCUUAUCUUUCUGACAUCUUAUCUCUUGUAAUUUCAGCUAAAAGCAGGAGCUAAGUAAUGGGUUCCUGCUGAAAGUAAGAUGGCAAAGAAGGCUGAAAAAUGUUAGAAGAAUUAUCUUGCCUUCAAAGCUAGCAUCGCCCCUACCCAACCCAACCCCAACCCCCAGCCUCCGCUUCAAGGAUAGCCGCUAGUCGGGAGGCAUAAGCUGACUCGUUUACCCUUGUUGUGAAUAUUCUGUAUCCUCCAUUACACGGAGUUUUGACAUGGACUGUAAGUAAGUGCGGAAACGUUUAUCAUUUUUCAGAUGCGAUCUUGUCCCUGUAUUCGGCUUUGGACAGAAUAAUCUUUAUCGUCAUUUUAUUGGCGGCAGUAGUUGCACCCAAUAUUCACGACCUCAGCUUUGGUUUAGAAAUUUCACUUCUUGCCUCGGAACUUGCUUUCUUCCGGGACGAUCUCCAAUCAACGUUGUAGGUAAGCGUAUUUUUCAUUAAUGAAUGUUUUUCUCUUUUAUGCAGUGGUUUUUUUUUUAACAAAUUGAGUAUCAAAAGCAAUCUGAGAUACCUUUAGUUUUGCUCUGCUUCGCUCUAUGAUUGGUCCAGAAAACUCGUCCCGCUUUCUCAACGUACCAAUCAGACGCAAAACUAGAACCAAUCACGAAUUGAUCGCUCGCGUUUUCCUGCGCUCUUGGUUGUUUUAACUUGAGUUCUCAUAGGCUCUUUAAGUUAUUUUUCUUCCUCCUGACAGGCCGUUGCGAUUAUUUAAGUUUUGGUGUUACAACGCUCGAUCGAAAAGAGCUCCAAAGAAAGACCUAUGCAAUCCUAAAUUACAUUCGACACAAGCUAGCAACCAACAGAUCUGUUGUUAGCGUAUGAUUUCUCUUCAUAUCAAUUCUAUAGUGGUUAGUUCAGUAAUGGUUUCACUUUUCCUUUCCACAGUGGGAUCGCCCAUUUCUGUAUCUAAGAUUGAGUGUCCAACGCAGGAGGACAUCGACAAACUUCACGCACGGUACAUAGACGAACUGAAAGGAUUGUACGAGAAAUAUAAGGACAAGUAUCACCCAUCAGAGAGAUCAGAGUUGUUGAUCGUCUAAUUUAUAUUAAACGAAGUUGGUUGAAGUUUUUUCCCUUUUACCCUAAAAAAAAUGUACCAAAUUACAGUCGUUUUGAUUGGUCCCUCUUCCAGGAAAACUCACCCGCAAACUCGGAAAUUCCCACCAUAUUUUUCUUACCUAAAGGUCCCAUGGUGUGCAGUGAGUUCUGUUGUGCAUAAGGGUCGAGAAUGUGCGCAAUAUUGUAAGUGUUAAAUUUCCCACCGCGAACUACCUAAGGAAUACAUCAACAAACUCUCUAGCCUCUAAGCACAUGGCGGGAUUUUUACACGUGUCUUUACUUGAAAUUAUCUAAACACAUACGAGCGGCGAAGCGAAUGGGGGGAGACUCCAUGAAAUUGCGAAAUUAAUUGCAGGCCACGGGUGGCAUCAAACUCUUAGCCUGCGUCACCCGCAAAAUUAGGUUUAUCACUUUAUCAGGGGUUCACUGACAAAAUGCAUUCUUCGCAAACAAUCUAGUAAGGUGGGACAAAACAACCGCUAUAUGCCGUUAAGCAACACACACCGUCAUUCAUGGCUUUUAUCGAAAUUUAUCUGGAGGCAGGGAAAAGUAGCAAGAAUUGUGAGAAUGCUUGACUCAGACAUUCCGCCAAUCAUUAAUAACUGCAAAGUUACAAUUCCACUAUUCCCAGAUUUAUCAUUAUUUACAGUAACACACGUUAUGACGCAACCAAAGGCGCAUCGAUAGGAUUGAAUACAGAAGCAUGUGGAUUUAAUAACAAAUUCCCUGAAAUCAUUCCACAUCUGUCCGCGAAGUCAGGUAUGCUCCAAUCGAUUCGAAUCUCCACAUUUUAAUGUCGUGUUUGGUUGAUGCUUUGUUACGAUUGAAAAUUUUAAGUAAACAGCUUAAGUGUUCGCUUAUUUAACCAUCAACGUUUACAAUUCGUCAAAUAAUUAAUUUCUCUUUCAUUCUUUAAUCAGAUAUAUGCUUACAUCCGAUCUGUUGACAAAAUGUUUAGCCAUUUCAUUCUUGGUCAUUUGUAACAAAACAUUUCGAAGUAAGAUCGGUAUCCCUGGACUAAUUGACUAGUGGAUUACUGAUCGUUCCUCGAUGUAUCCGUAUUCCUUUACUCAAAUGUAAAAUUAUAUCCUCAAAUUGGUAAAAAGAAUGGCUUCCCAGCCAACACGAAAAAGUAGUGAACCAAGUUCCCAGUUCUUCCCUUUUCAUAUCCCACCUCUAACUGUAACUCAAAUGGAACCCUCCGAGGAUAAUACUGAGAAUAGCAGUAAAACGCCGUUAUUCAUGGCAUUUGUAACGAUUCCUCCGAGGGCAGAAUAGCGAGGAUAUAAACCAGACAUUCCGCUGAUCCCUAUCAACUGUAAAGUUUCAAUUCCAACGUUCCUGAAUUUUUCAAUAUUUACAAUGGACGGACCAAUCAACGGAAGCUAUGACGUAUAAGAUAUCUUCGUGUUCUUCUCAUUAGGCUUGACAAGCAUCACACAAUGCCAAUUAGAGCUGUCCGUUUCGGUCUAAAACCCGAAAAAUGUCUCCAAGUAUCGACUACAUUUUACAAUAUUUGAGUAUAGCACUGCUGUACUUUUGUGGGAUUCUUAGGAGGCACUCACGUACUGGGCAUCCUUACGCUUUACCAAAUAUUUUUUUAUACACCCUUAUGGCCGGUUGUACUUCUCUAUUUAUCAUGGACAUAUCUUGUUGAGUGGAAAACCCCAGAACGUGGCGGAAGAGACCUUCUGAUAAACUUUGUACGAAGGCUCUCUGUUUUCAAGUACAUGAGGGAUUACUAUCCUAUUACCCUCGUCAAAACUAGCGACCUCGAUCCACAGAAGAAUUACAUUUUUGGAUAUCAUCCCCAUGGAGCUUUUACCGAAGGAGCAUCGAUAGGAUUGAAUACAGAAGCAUGUGGAUUUAGUGACAAGUUCCCCGGAAUCAUUCCACAUCUGUCCGUGACAUCAGGUACUCUAAAUCAACUCGAAUCGCCAUAUUAUCGAUCAGGUUUGGUUGACUUUUUACGAUUGAAAAUUUUAAGGAAACAGUCAAAAGUUUGCAGUAAUUUUACUAUUACAGUUUGUGUUUCGUCUGGGAAUUAAUUUAUCUUUCUUUCUACUUUCGGAAAUAUGCGCACAACUGAUCUGUUGAAAAAAUAUUCAACCAUUUAAAUCUUGGUCAUUUGUUACAAAACAUUUCGGUGUAAAAUCAGUAUUUCUGGACUUGUGAACUAUUGGAUCACGGAUCGUACCUCGAUUUCUUCAUAAUCCUUUAACUCAAAUAUUAAAACACCUUUUCAAAUCAAUAUUUCGUCAGCUUUUCAGUGAGUACAAAAAGUAUGGGCUCAAAUUCUCGGCCCAUUCUUUUUUUAUAUCCCGACUGUGCCUAAAGUGAAACUCCUGACAGACACUAGGUGGCCAAACUACACCCUUGUAACCCUUAUGUAAGAGAUACAGAAAGGCAAAAGAAUAUUUAUCUCUAGUUUGCUGUUUUUCCGGAAUUUUUUUGGUGCAGCAAUCCUUAAAGCCUUGUUAUACCGUGAUAUUCUUAUGGCCCUUGGCGUGAUCGAUGUAUCACGUCACAGCUUGGAAUACAAUCUGACGCAGAAGGGGGCGGGACACUCGGUUGUCAUCGUUGUGGGAGGAGCAGCGGAGAUUCGUGAAAUGGGCUUUGACAGCUACGCACUGAUAAUAAAACGGCGGAAAGGAUUCAUGAAACUGGCUUUGCAAACUGGGUGUGUAUAAGACUUGGAGUUUCUUAUCAGUUGGAAAGUCGUCUAUUACCAAAGGUUUCAUUGAUUUACUAUCACUGUAAUUUCGAUUAUCAGUAUUUCCAAAGCAUCAUUGUCCAGCCUAUAACUUUAUGGGAUCCAUCUUUUCACGUCUUAUCUGAUUUCACCAAUAAGUAAAUCUGACGACGACACGGAUGGUUUAUAAAAGCCUGACGCGAAAUAGAAAGUUCGUACUUAGCUCAAACUCGUGGGGUAAAAAGGAAAUUUCUUGCCUCUUAGGAAUUCGCAGAGACGUGAACCUUUUCUGAACUACGCUCCUUGAUUUCCGUUAUUCAGCAUUUUUCAUUCGCAUAUUUAUUAAUUUAUUUUUAAUCUUUACCAUUAGUUUUUAUCAAUUUUUGAGAGGCACCCUCUGGAUUGGUAUUCCUGGUUGUAACUAUUCAGUUCUACAUCACUCAGAGUUUUGAGAUGAAUCGUAAUCAGAUGGAAAUGUUUAUCAUUUUCAGGUCCGAUCUCGUCCCUGUCUUUGGGUUUGGACAAAAUAAUAUUUAUCAAGUUAUUGGCGGCAGUAGAUCCUCUCAAUUUUCACGAUUUCAGCGUUGGCUCAGGUCUUUUACUUCUUGCUUAGGAACUUGCUUUCUUCCGAAACGAUCUCCAAUCAACGUUGUUGGUAUGCAGAAAUCUUGAUAAGCACUUAAUGACUGGCCACAAGGGAAACAGUGAGUUUUGUUUCCCUAAGACCUUCAAUGUUCCCCGAUGUGACGCCAAGGAGAAACUAAACUCACUGUUUCCCAUGGUGCCAGUGUGGUUUUUUUAUACUUCAAAGCUCAAAAAAUAGAACAAAUUGUAGAAGAGUGGCGCACAAACUUGCCCCGAUUUCAAGGUGCAUUUCCCCAUCAUGUUUGAGUCGAAAGUUUAAGUUAUUUAGAGGGAGUUUGUGAGUUUUGACUCAUGACACGUGAUACGUUCUUCCCUCCAAUUGGAAAGCGCUUUUAAGUUGGGAGGUGAAACAAUACUUUUGAUCUAGCUUGAAACUAUUACGACAAUCAUUUGGUAGUCAUAACUUCUACGUUUUUUCAAAAACUGUGGAAGGACCGUUAGUUCUUUCUGCCUUCAUCAUAAUUGACAUAAGUGGCAUUUAUAAGUUCAGUAGUUAUUUGUUUUGAGGAGACGAUCUAUUCAGUACCGGUUUUAAUUUUCUAUUACACAGUGGGAUCACCUGUUCCUGUGACCAAGAUUGCCAACCCAACACAGGAAGAGAUAGACCAACUUCACGUGCAAUAUUUAGAAGCACUUACCGAUCUGUACGAGAAAAAUAAGGACAAGUAUCAUCCAACAGGGACUUCAGAGUUAUUGAUCAUUUAG